AUGUUCGUCGCAUGCCUCAUCAUGCUAUCUGCCAUUGACUCUGUCCUCGUCGGCUACGACUCAUCCCUAAUGGGAUCCUUCAACGUGAUGCCAAGCUACAAAUCCUACUUCACCCUAACCACCACCACAAAAUCCCUCAACACUGCGGUAUCCUACGUGGGCGGUGCCGCCAUCAGCUUCAUCUCCGGGCCAUGGACGGACUGGCGCGGGCGACGCGAGGCGAUCUUCUGGUCCGCUGUGAUCACGCUCGUUGGCGGCGUCAUACAAGGCGCAAGCCAGAACAUCGCAAUGUUCAUCGCUGGACGGCUGAUUGUGGGAUUUGGUAUGGGUCUUGCACAGACGAGCACGCCGACGUUGCUUGCGGAGACGGUGCCAGUGCAGUAUCGCGGGUUUGCUAUGGGGCUUUAUUAUGCGUGUUGGGGAGUGGGGACGCUGCUUGCGAGUGGGGCUGCGCCAUCGGUUUGGUGUUUUGUGAUUUUGCUGUUCAUUCCUGAGUCGCCGCGUUGGCUUAUUGCGAAGGGAAGAAAGGAGGAGGCGUUGCAGAUUCUGGCGAUUGCGAAUGGGAGUGGCGAAGAUACUGAGGAUACCGUGGUGCAGCUGUGGGCCAAGGAGAUUGAGGAUACGAUCCAGUUCGAAAGGAAUCGCGAGGCUUCGGCGUGGAAAUCAGUUCUGCACCCUUCGAACCGGAAGCGUAUGUUGAUCGUAGCGACAUUCCCGCUCUUCGUUAUGCUGCCUGGAACCAAUAUCGUCACAUUCUACUUCGGCGACAUGCUCAGUAGCGCUGGUAUCGAAGAUGCCAACACGCAGCUGCAGAUCAACGUCAUCCUGACUUCAUUCACGCUCGUCGUAGCGCUCGCAGGAUCCUGGUUUGCAGACAAAACAGGACGCAAGAAGCUGUGUGCAGGAUCCCUCACUGGCGGUGUGAUUUCACUAUACAUUCUUGCUGGAUUGACUGCCAAGUAUGGUACUUCUGGACAAAAGGGCGGGAUCUACGGCACGAUUGCCAUGAUCUUCAUCUACAACGCGACGUACGCUUGGGGUAUCACACCACUUACGGUACUAUACCCACCAGAAGUACUAUCUUUCGACAUCCGCGCCUUGGGAAUGGGCAUAUACACACUGGUAACGAAGUUGUGCGGGCUUUUUGUUGCUAUGGUCAUUCCAUUCGGCAUGGAAGCGAUCAGCUGGAAGGUGUACAUCAUCAACGCCAGCGUCGAUAUCCUCUUCGUGAUCUUCGUAGUUCUAGUCUGGGUCGAGACUCGGGGCUUGGCUCUUGAAGAGGUGGACAAAGUGUUCGAUGGGGUUAAGCACUCAGAUGUACCCGAUUUGGAGACGGUCAAGGCUGGGAAAUACGGGGACGUCGAGGUCACCGAAAGCGCAUCAAAAGCACAUCGACGUGAGACGGUUAUAUAG